GCAAAACAAACACGUGAUCGGUAUUUACGGAAGUGUGUCCGUCGUCGGUCAUCGUUCCUCUUUUAUCAUAACCUGCUGUAUAAAAAACAAAGCCAACGCGUAACGUCGCAUCCUAUUUCCCCGUGUGAAUAAUGCCUUUUAUUUUAUUCAACAAUCAACGGACCUAGGUUGGUGUGUGCGUCGGCUCAUCUAGCGGUAUGAUGUAGUUAGACCGCGGAUCAGAAGGAUAAAACGACCAGCUUAUAACCAAUGCUGAGGUCAUUACCUCAACCGUCCCGCUGUUAAACGACGGUUUACAGUGCUUUGAGGCUGCUGUGGCCCUUCUGUCCAUCCAUAACCCACCCAUCCAUCCAUUAUCCAUCCACUAGCUGCACCGGCACCAUGGGGGCCGAACAAAGCGUGGAUGCAGAGCACAAGCACUCUGAUUACACCUCCACAGUGGUGCCCUCCCCGGCGAAGCAGAAGGCGAAGAUGGACGACAUCGUAGUGGUGGCCCCAGGUACCACGGCCCUCAGGAACAUCCACAGCGACCCCGACGUCAUCAAGCUCCAGGAGAUCCCCACCUUCCAGCCACUGCUGAAAGGCGUGCUGAGUGGCCAGACGUCCCCCAUCAGCGUGAGCCUGGAGCGGCUGGACUCGGCCCAGGUCAUGCAGCUCUGCCUGCGCUACCAGGACCACCUGCACCAGUGCGCCGAGGCAGUGUCCUUCGACCAGAACGCGCUAGUCAAGAGGAUCAAGGAGAUGGACCUGUCGGUGGAGACCCUGUUCGCCGUCAUGCAGGAGCGGCAGAAGCGCUACGCUAAGUACGCGGAGCAGAUCCAGAAGGUCAACGAGAUGUCCAUGAUCCUGCGCCGUGUGCAGAUGGGCGUCGACCAGACGGUGCCCCUGAUGGAGCGGCUCAACAACCUGCUGCCGGAGGCCGAGCGCCUGGAGCCCUUCAGCAUGCGGCCCGACCCCCCGGGGACGGACCCCGGCCCCCCAAAAUGAC